AUGGCGGCUGGUAGCUGCGACGUCAAUGCGAGCUACGAUAUCAAGCAUCUGCUCAAGAGUGACGCCCUGUACAAGUACAUCCUGGAUACCACGGUGUUCCCCCGAGAGCCGGAGUGCAUGCGCGACCUGCGCCUCCUCACCGACAAGCACCAGAGGGGCAUCAUGCAGUCAACUCCAGAGGAGGCCCAGCUACUGCAGCUGCUGAUCAAGAUAGCGGGGGCCAGGAAAACGAUCGAGGUCGGCGUGUUCACGGGCUACUCGCUCCUCGCCACCGUGCUGGCGCUGCCGGAGGAUGCCAAGGUGGUGGCCAUCGAUGUCAACCAGAAAGACUUCGAGCUCGGCCUGCCCUUCAUCCAGAAGGCCGGCGUGGCGCACAAGGUGGACUUCCGCGAGGGCAAGGCGCUCGACCGCCUCGAGGAGCUCCUCGCCGCCGUGGAUGGCGACCCUGCGGCGCAGUACGACUUCGUGUUUGUGGACGCCGACAAGCAGAACUACAGGCGGUACCACGAGCAGAUGAUGCGGCUGGUCCGCGUCGGCGGUACCAUCGUCUACGACAACACGCUCUGGGGCGGCACUGUGGCCGGCGUCGCCGUGCCUUCGUUAGACGUUCUCCCCGGCGUCGUUGUGGACGGUGUCCUCAUGUCCAUCUCUGACUUCCUCAAGGGCUUCAACGCCGAGCUCGCCGCUGACCCACGCGUCGACGUCUGCCAGAUCACCGUGGGAGACCGCCUCACCAUCUGCCACCGCCUCGUCUGA